AAAUGCAGUGAUAUCGUGUGACAGUUGAAUGUGGUGAAUGGAAUGAACAGUGAUGUUAUCUGUGUGCGUGUGUGUGUAACAUGCGUGUGCUGACGCUGUUUGUGUGCCUGUGUGCGCAGGUUUUUGGAUCUAGGGUGAUAUUGGUGGAAAAUGCUCCUACCUGCUUCCGACGAGUCCUGGCAGGCCGCCGCGCCGUCCGCAGCCACGUCCGAAGAGUGGUGCACUGCGAGAGACUUGAAGAUUGUCGGCGAGAGUGCGCUGAAGAAAGGCGGUUCCAUUGCGAGAGUUUCAACUACAGAUUGGACCCCUCCUUCCGCGGCAAAGGCCUCUGCGAGCUGAUGACCAAGCCCAUCGAAGCCUUCGACCUUCGCCGGGACUUUGUUGAUGAUAAAGACUACGAUUUUUAUGAGAUAGAUCGGAACAGCUUGGAGCCGAACUGCCCGGAGUCUCUGAGAGGACCAGGUCUCCUUCACUCCGGCUACCUCUCCUCAAAACCCUCGCAGCCUGCAGCAGCCUCCUGGGCCCCAAGUUGGGACAGGCUGGACUUCCACGGGUCUAGUCAUCAGGACAGGUUCUAUGACGACCGGCAGCCGGGACGGCCCGGACGUCCGGGACACAGACGACCGUCCGGGUAUGACGAUCAGUUCUACAUCCCAUAUCAGAUUGGCGUAGUCCGUAGCAACGACGACCAGGCAUGGGGCCAAUACGGCGGCGUGUACGGUGGCGACACCUAUUACAAGAAUCGGAACGACUAUCACAAGUCCAUCAACUAUUGGCGAUUAUCCACCGACUCAGAUCUUGAGCAAGGCGUCAGACCCUGGAGCUCCAAAACCGACUUCAACUACAAUGACCUUCGAAGAGACGGUGACGACGAGAUCCACCCGUACUCCUAUGGCUCCUGGAAGAGGGGAAGGUGGAACGAUUCGGGUACGGGGAAUGGACUGGACUAUGGGGAGUCGAACUUCUAUAAGCCGAGUUAUGGACCUCCUAAGAAAGGGCCAGGGUGCACAUCCGAGCGUCGUCCUGGCCUGUCCCUAAGCACGGGCUCCAUCAGAAGAUCGCUCUUGGCUCACAACGUUCUCGAAUGUGAGGCGGCCUGCUUCGAGGAGAGGGAGUUCAAAUGCGUCUCCUACAGUUAUCGGUACUCCAACUCACAUGGUUCUGAUAACUGCUUCCUCAGCGAGCGUCCAUACAGGGGACUUGACUUGGCGACGGACAGUGGAUCUGAUGUUUACGCAAUGCCACAGGACUGUGCUGUCUCCGUUUCACAUAAACCUUGGGUUGAGAGUGAAUGUUUCUGGCACGUCCGUUCCGGCGUGGCAGUGUCUGAAACUAUAGCCAGAGCGGCAAUAACAGUGGCCGGUCUUGGUGCUUGCGAGGCUGAGUGCAUCAGAGCGCAGGGAUUCUUCUGUAGAGUAUUCAGCUUUAGGUUUUCCGCCCCAACAAUAGGCGAAGACCUUCCCAACUGCAUCCUAACAUCAUCACCCCCCACUUCGCUCUCCGCCGGGCGAGGGCUACGCCCUUCUAAGGGACAUGAGUUGUACGCUAGGGGAAACUAUGGAAGGGGCUGUGAGCCGGCCCUGUUUGAUGAUACUGCUGUCAGCGAACCGAAGAAAGAAUGCUACCUUCAAUACGACAAUGCCGCUAAACUGAUAGGCUCUGCGAUUAAGGGCCACGCCAGGGUCCGGGACGAGCAGUCCUGUGGAAUAGCGUGUACUGAUGCUCCUUUUCGAUGUCUCAGCUUUUCAUUCAACAAUAUCGCUCCUCCAGGAGUGGACAACUGCUUGCUCUCCGAAAUCCGACUCUUCGACCUACAGAAAGGGGUAGACUACGAACACUCAACUGACGACUGGCUCUUCGCGUUUGAUCUCUUCAACGGACAAUGUUGGAGGAAGGUGCAUGGCAAGGAUUUUGAUGAUCACGCAGGAGAGGUGCCGAGGCCGUUAUUACCACCUGUCCAGACAUAUCCGGGAGUAGACCGACCGGAUGCUAGUGGGCCCAGCUAUUUACCAGCUCCUGAAGUUCCACCAUACAUCUCUGGCCCACCAUCAGGCCCGCCGUCUGGCCCUCCAUCCGGCCCACCAUCCGGCCCACCGUCUGGCCCACCGUCUGGCCCAUCCGGCCCAACAGGCCCUUACCGACCCGAAAAGCCUUACAUAGAUCCCGGCUUUAAACCUAGCUACCCUUACCCAGAUCCUAGACCAGAAUACCCUAACUACAAACCGUUUGAGCCCUAUCUUCCAUCUAGUCCUAGUGGGUCUGGGUAUCCUGGAUCUGGGUAUGAGAAGCCUGGAUAUCUGCCUAUAGAAAGGCCUGUGUAUAGGCCUGAGGGCAGGCCGAUACGGCCUAUUGAAAGGCCUUAUCCUGGUGAGAAAGAAGAUGGACCGAUUGCGGUAUCCUGGAGCAAAUACACCGUGUCAGGAUUCCCGUGUCGGGCCGGCACUACUUGUGCCCAGAACCACGUGGCUGGGCAUUGGGCCUGCGAGCCAGAGGGAGGGGAAGUGGGAUCUUGGGACUACUGUUGUGCUCCAAGCCAUCGUUGUGGAUACAGCGAAGGAUUUAGCAAGCCUUGGUGUUACGUUGGACCAGAAAACGAUCAAUGGCGUCCAUGUAGUGAAAAAUACUACCCGUACCAUCAGCAUAAUGUACCACAUCCAUCCCAGGGUCAUAGAGAGCCCCCCUCCCGUCUCCCAGGCAGACCGUGGUCUGGCAGACCGAGCUACUUGGCCGACGACAGAGAAAAACCUAUACUGGGCCCGUACAUAUCGGAGACAGACCGCAAAUACUGGGACGACUUGUACAAAGGCGGCCCAAAGGCUUACUACGAUCAAUAUGGGGAUCCUUUGCCUGGGUACACCCGCGUGCCAGCAAUAACCCGCCCGCACAUCAAGUACCACCACAACUACCCGCGCCCCGGUGCCGGCGGCCACUGGGCGCCGCUGGCGCUCGAGGUGCCGCAGGAGCUGGACCCGCCGGUGCCUGGCGGUCUUGGGGUUCCAAGAUAUUGGCCAGUUGCGUACCUCCACAAGGGUCCCCCGCCGAAUAUAACUUAUUUUAAGUUUAAUGAAUCGCGUCCAACUACUACUGAAAAACAUGGUUUCUACCCGGAGAGACCCGAAAGACCUAGACCUGAUAAACCAAUCAGGCCAAACGGAAUAGAUAGAAAUGACAGACCAGAUCCACCAAGAACAAAACCCGGCGAAUUUGUUAAAAUCAAUACUGAGAAACCAAAUCAUGAUUUAGAUAUAAAAAGUCAUAGGGAUGAAAAGACAAGGAACAUUGUUAAUAUUACUGAUAAUGUUCCAGACGAAAUAGAGAAACCUAAAACAACAACGCCUAAAAUAGAAAUAAAAGCAGAGGAACCAGAAGUAAAUGCAGUGAAAGAAGCUAAAGUUAACAGUUCUGAUGUAGAAAUAGUUAAACCGGUCAUUGUUAGUAAAGAUAAUGAUAAACUAAAAGGAAUCGAUGAUAAGCUAGAAGAUUUGACCGAAUCCAUUGAAGUUUUAGACAUAGAAGACGCUAAAAAAGGUGAAAAGGAAUCUGAUUUGAAAACGUUAGAAGCAGAAGAGAAACAAAUUGAAGCUAUCGGUAGACUGCUAGCUUCACGGCGCGGUGGGCAGCUGAUUAUAGAAAAAAGAUCCCAAAAAGACUUGGAAUCUAAAAAUAUAGCUAUUGAUAAAGACUUAGUCGAUUUCAACUUUGGUAAUCGAUUUCCUACUACUGAAAGGAGAGGAAUAAUUCAAAAAGUUACAAAAGAAGAGAUAGAAAGAGAGAAAAAUAGUGAUAGGAGCUUGGAAGUGAGUGAGACAACAUUUGUGAGGCCACCAAGAGUAUUAAGCACAACAGAAAACAUAAGAAAAGCCAUUGUCAAUGGAAAAGUCUUCUACGAUGCUACUAUAAGAGACCAAAGAGACAUUUACAACAACGUUACAAGAAAACCUAGAAAUUUUAGACAUCUGGAGGAGAAUAGAGCACCAUCAGUUUUGAGCAGUAAUAAUUAUGGCAAGAAAAAGACAAUUAAAGCAAGAAAUGUAAAUCCUGUAAGAAGAGUUCGCAGGGUUUAUAGAAAGAGGUAUAAUCCAGAGGAAGUGAGAAAGAGAUUGUUGGAAAGAGAGAAAAGUUUAAAAGAGGCUAAAGAAGUAAAAGCGUAACAAUUCAGAUAGAUAAUAAUUAUGUCGAAUUAAGGUAUAAGAAUGAAAGUCGAAUUAGAGUUUGAAGUUUAAGUUUAGUUUUUAUCUAUGGAAAUACAGAUCUUGCUUAAGUGCUUAGUUAUUAUUAAGGAAGUAUUUUAUUAAUAAGGGAUUUUGGAAUGAUAUUCACGGUUAUAAAUAAUUGUCAGUUUGACCACAAAACUUUACUUUUGCAUGUGUAAUGCCAAAUAGUUGUAAUGGUAUGGACAUCAUUUGUCCAUUCAACUGAACACGUUAAUCAUUGUACACUUUAAAUGUUUCAUUCCAUUUGCGACAACAUUAUAGACUGCAAGAAA